AUGACGAAGGGUACAUCGUCAUUUGGUAAACGUAACGUUAAGACUCAUGCACUGUGUCGUCGAUGUGGUCGUUCAUCGUAUCAUUUACAGCGCCAACGAUGUGCUGCAUGUGGAUUUCCAUCAAAAAAAAAUACAAACGGUUUUCGUGAAGGAACAUUAGCUAAAUCACAAAAAAAACAUAGAAAUCAACAAUCGUCAAGUGGUGGCGCAUCAUCGACAGCAACAGUACCAGCUACAAAAUCAUAA